AUGGAUUUAUUUAAUAAUUCUUAUUUAUAUUACAGACAUGUCAAAGCCAUCAACUUAAUACUGCUGAUUGACAUGUUUACAUCUUUACUGUCCUACAAUAAUAUUAACAAUAGAAUAUGUUUAUAA